UAAUCUCCAGGAAAAGUUAAUAAACUUAAUAAUUCAUCUAAAAAGUUUUAUCUGAAUUCUAUAAUUAGAUCUGUUAGAAAUGAUUUUGUUACCUUUGGCAUGGAGAGAAGAAAUCAUGGUUCCAAUAUUAAAACCUGGUGAAGAAGUCAAAUCCAUAUUUACCUUCACAUUUAUGGAAAAUAAUGGAGAGAAUGAUAAAUGAAAGAUUGAGUUAUUUUGUUGAGAAGAGGGAAGUUUAUCAAGAUGUAAAAGUGUAUUUAGGAGAGGUGGAAGUAAUAUAGAUCCUGUUCUGUGUUUAGAACAUGAAAUCAGAAAAGGGCAAAUUAAUAAGAGACUGUGGCUGAUAUAGAGAAAUGAUAUGAUGUGGAAAGAAGGUUUUUAAUUAAAUUACGGAAAAUGGGGGUUAGAGGAUCAAUGUUUAAUUGGAUAAGAGUUUUUACAUAAUAGGUCUUGUUGGGAAUGUAAAUCCCGAUCGAUGAAUAAUAAUUUGUAUCGACACACGGAGCAUAAAAUCAGCCAAAAAAGCAUUCAGACUGAUUUUAUUCACUUUCAGCGCUGAAAGGAGAAACUUUAACCUUCACAUCCGAGAAGUUUCUAAAAAGUCUGAGCAGCGUCUGAGGAGGAGAAGGAGGGCAGCAGCUGAUUAUAUGGACUGAAGACUCUCCCUGAAUCUCACCAUGUCUCUGUGGCCUGAGAAAACGUUUAUUUUUCAUGAGAAAUGGACUUUGGUGUCUGACAGAAUCAGACAUGUAGCUCUUUACUGUGGCCUUUUGUCUAACAGCAUGUGACUCUUUCUCCACCUGGUGAAACGUCUCAACAAUCUAUACAAGUAAGAACAGGUCAACAAUUGUCAGAAAAACGUUUUGUUGAAAACGGAACACCUCAGGGAAGUAUUGUGAGUCCUUUGUUUUUCUCUAUURUGAUUMAUAUGUUUGAUAAGUUGGAAUGGGRUGUUCAUUAUUUACUGAUGAUGGAGCAACUUGGAAGAGAGGUAAUAAUUUAAAAUGUAUAGUUAAACUACAAGAAGCAAUAUAUAGUAUAGAAGAGUGGUCUUAUAAAUUUGGAUUUAAAAUUUCUAUAGACAAAGACUUUAUUUUUCAGAAGGUAUCUAAUGAUGUAAAAUUGUAUUUGUAUAAACAGGAUUUAGAMAGUAAAGGAGUUUUUGGGUUUGUGGAUGGAUGAAAAACUCACAUUCAAAAAGUAAAGAUAAAUGUAAGAGAGUUUUAAAUGUUAUGAGGUGUUUGGUGACGCUGAGAGAGGAAAGUGUUGAAAACUAUAUAUACGGUUUAAUAAGAUCUGAUUAUGGCAGCCUUUGGAUCAGCACCAGAAUCAUUUCUUAAAUAAUUAGAUAUUAUUCAGUAUGAAGCCUUGAGGUUCUGCACAGGAGCCAUCAGAACAACUUCAGCUUUACUGGUGGAAAUGGGAGAAAUGCACUUUAUUACAGAGAAACUCAUUGGUGUCAUUUAAAGAACCGUAAUGGAAAACAUUCAUGUCAAGACAUUAUAAAACCUAGUUGAGGAAAAAAUGUAUUUAAAUUAUUUUGGUUGGGAGAUAAAAAACAUUAUGAAAGACUUUGAUUUAUCUCAUAUAAAUAUCAAACUGUUCCUCUUUCACCUGUUCAUUCGUCUCUAUUUCCUGUUAGUGUUGAUUUUACUUUGUUGGAGAAAAAGAAUAAAGAAAACCUUCCAGAUCCAUAUUCAGUACCAUCAUAUUUAGACAAUAAGUUCUAUAGAUAUCCAUGUCCAAGUUUAUAGAUGCUUCAAAAACUCAACAGCAGCACAUGAGAGGCUCCACACUCCGCUCCAGUAGAUGGCGGUAAUGCGCGUCAGUAAGUUGUUGCCAACCAACAUAAAAGAAGAAGAAGUCAGCAGUGCGCAGCUGCCAACUGUUAGCACUUUGAGACCAGAAUUAUGGAGAAACAUGAGAAAAUAAAGGAGCAGCAGAGAAACGCGGAGAAACCUGCAAACACAGUGAAGACCUUGAAAACAACUGGAAUCAAGAAACCCGAGAGUGAUUCCUGUAAGAAGAUCUCUGCUACAACAACAUCUGAAACUUCCCAAAGAGCAGACGAAGAGAAGAAACCAUACAGCUGUGACCAGUGUGGAAAAUGCUUCACAAACCCAUCCUCUCUCAAAAAACACAAGAAAAUCCAUGCUGAUAAAAAUGAAGAUAAAAAACUGUACAGCUGUGAUCAAUGUGGGAAAAAAAUUUCACGGCGUGAUAAUUUAAGAACCCACCAGAGGAUUCACACUGGAGAAAAAUUGUACGUAUGUGAUCAAUGUGGGAAAAGUUUUUGCUUUCAAAGUAAUUUAGCAACACACAGAAACAUUCAUUCUGAUGAAAGAAAAUACAGAUGUGAGAAAUGCAGCAAAACCUUUACACGUUUAGAUAAUCUAAAAWCCCAUCACCGCAUUCAUACUGGAGAGAGACCCUACUGGUGUGAGCACUGUGGGAAAACGUUUAGGUAUCGACGAGACUUAAAGGAACAUCGGUGCGUACACACUGAGGGAAAACCAUAAUGUUGUGACCACAAGUCCAGUUGUGCAUUCUAGAAGAUUCCUUUGGGACAAAAAGACCCCAAACAGGUUCAGCUGUUGUAAAAAUACAUUUUAUUUUUGUUAUUUAGUUAGAGCUGUUAAUCUUGAAAUCUCAUUGAACUAUUUGGUUUUACUCAUGAGGACAGACAGACGUCCAGUCAAAGCAGUGAUAAUGAGUAAUAAUUAUCAGGCUUCAGCUGUUAAUAGGUGUUUCCAUAAAGACCUGCAGCUCUUAAAACCUCGUUAAACACAAAUAUCAAGCGCUUCUAAAUGUUUUCACGAGGAUUAUGGUAGACUUUUGUUUUUCUCCUCAGGGCUUCAAUAAUAAAUAAACUUUCAGAAAGUUAAUGACCAGCUAAUGUGUCCAGUAGUUUCAUGAUGGGAGUUUGUUCUAAAGUCUCUGAAACGUGUUUAAAAGGCCGAAGCCCCGAACAUCCAGACAGUUAUGUGGGAGGGAAGUGAGAGUCUGGAAAUAUGUUUAGAUUAGCAUCAYCCUCCUGCCUUCACUGUAAAGUUUAACAUAAAGUUACAACCUGAUCUGCUGUGUUGUUGCYGUUUUACCUCCAUAUAAACACAGAGCUGCCUUCAUCCUGAGGAUUUACAGAAAAUGCUUCAAACUUCUCACUCCUGACAAAUGGCAUUUUAAAUUAUUUCAUCUUUUCUGGUAUUAAUCUUAACACACAUUCUGACCAACAAUUAAAACGACUKCAGUGUAUUUAAUGUAACUUUCUGCACGAGAAUCCAAUAAAUCCAUGUGAAGUUUGUCAUGAACUCCUCUGGAUGUGUCGACGUUCUAAAAACAGAUCUACUGCGAGGAAAUAAGUAUUUGAUAACUGCAGGUUCUCUUAGAAACCAUGGAGGGUCUGAAAUGUUCAUGUUGUCCACUGGGAGACAUMAUCUAGAAAAGGAAUCUGGAAAUCAUAAUGUGCSAUUUAAAAAAAUAAUUUAAUAAGUUGUGUGUUACUGCAGUGAAUAUUUGUAUAAUGGAUAGUAGCCACACAGGCUCACCCACUAGAAGGAAACAAACGCACCCAGUAUAACACUCAUUCUAUUGGCUGACAGGUUGCCAGGCGACGGCACUUUUCUGUUCUGGGCAGAAAAUGAUUCUCACGCGAGCAGAGAGCUUCACAAGCAGAGAAACAAGUUUUAAGCUUAAGAAGAAAGAUUUGAGAGAGCAGAAGUUUGGAGGAGAAAAACAUGAAGCUCUGCUUUCAGACUGAAAAUGUUUGCUGUGGAAUUAUGGCAGUAAAAGUCCCCCAUACUGGUGUGGAGGAUCAGAGCGAGUCCCCAUCAUCUACAUGUGUUUGUGUAAGAUAAUAAUUAUAGUAAUCAGCUUGUCCCACUGGGAUCAGAAAAGCUCUUUAACUAGAGAACUGUUAACUCAUUAAACAUUAUUAUAUUAAACAUCUAGAUGCAGUGAAAUAUAUAAAAACAAAUAAAGCCACAGUAUCACGAUGGGUCUGAAAUGUUUCCUGAAGUUUUACUGUUUUUAUGAAGCUUCACUUUGUGUCUGAAUCAGUUUUCCUCCCUCAUGUAUCUGAUGAUGAAAUAUAACAACUAAUAUUAAUGUUUGCAGAAACAUGUCAGCAGUAAUUCUAACCAUGGAUCCUCCAAUCUAACGUCCCAAUAAUAAACGAUGAUAAACGUCCAUCAUUCAUGCAGCAGGGAUUUAUUAGUAAUAAUGUAGAUUCUAAUGUUGAUCCUAGCAGGCAGCAGGGGGCGCUGUAGCAACAAAAAGACAUUUAUAUUUGAAUGUUGGCUUCAUUUCUUAUCCUGAUUCUGUGAAAAAACUUUAUAUUAAACCUGAGAGCUUAGUGACAGCUAAUGACACUUUAAUGUUUUGACCCCUGUCGGCCACCGUAGCUGGAAGAACGACACAGCAGCAGCUUGGAUUCCUGACAGUUUAUUGCCAUCAUGUCUGCAGGUCGAGCCUGAGAUUGGUUCCUGAUACAACAAAACCCGACAGACGGGAAACACCCGGGCGGCUCUGGGCCAAUAGAACGUCUCUAACCCCCCCUCUGUGACGUCACAGCGUCCGAGGCUGUGAUUGGUGCAGAGGUGUGGGUGGGCGGGGCCGGCAGUGAAUGUUCUGGAAUCAGGGUCCCAAACAAAUCCAGAGAAAAAAAGAAAUAAAAACAAAACGUCAAAUAAAAAGAUGAGUCUAAAUUAAUCCUGAA